AAAGUAGACCAUCUAUCUCCUCACCUUGCUCCCUCGACCCUAGCACAAAUCCAAUGCGUACGUCCUCCUCUCCUCGACUGUGCAAGAUAACCCUGGUCGGCCCUCCGAGGUCAGGCAAGUCCUCGCUCAUUCUGCGCCGCACACACGAGAUCUACCAGCCGGACUACCCAUUAUUCGACGUCUACGAUUUCGGACCCAUUCGCAUCCACGUACGCGACUCGGAGGAGGGAAGUGAGCUUGGAACCGUCAUCCCAACUGCCCUUUUCGAUUCGCAGGGCGUCGAGGAAUACGAUAUGCUGCGGCCCCUCUCUUACCCACACACGAACAUCUUCCUCAUCUGCUUUCCCCUAGGAGGAAUCGCCAGCGACGACACGGACAGCACUGACUUUGGCGUGGCAAGAAACCGCUGGAUGCCUGAGAUCCGCCACUUCUGCGGCCCAGACGUGGUGGUAUUCCUGGUUGGAUGCAAAUCCGACCUUCUGCGCACGGAGGAGAGUUCACAGCAGGAGCUGGAUAGACUGCGAGCAGGAGAUCAGGCAGCCCGUGAAAUCGGGGCGCAGGCGUAUAUGGAAUGCUCGGCGUUGACCGGAGUCGGGGUGUUUGAGCUGUUCGAGUGUGCGGCGAAGGCUGGUGUGAGGCAUAUUCCGAUUGCAGAGGUUGCCAGGCGAGCGACGAGACGGCGGUGGCAAUGUAGCCCAGAAUGCGUGGUUUCAUGAAUAGGUACUUCCUCAGUUAUGUGUUCGGUCCAAAUCUCCAGACCUUGCAAACCGGUGUCAUCGUGAUGUAUGCACCAGCAAAGUCUCGUACAAUCGGCGGCUACUACUACGCGAGCGAUUAAAAUAACAAGUCUUCAAUUCCUCCCUUCGGCACUAGAUAUUCAAUACUGUAAACAUCAAUAAGGUUCGAUGUGCUCACCACCCCUAGAAAAAUCCAAAAACCCAAGAUAUAAUUGGACCUGAAACAGCUAAGAGCAU